UAUAAUCAACAGUAUACUAACACAAAAUAUAGUGAAAUAUUCACAAGUACUUUUGUCGUGAAAAUGGCAAGCUUUUUGGCUCUCAAGCUCACGUGCAUGGCGUUGGUGUGCAUGAUGGUUGGUGCACCGUUAGCCCACGCCAUCUCAUGUGGCCAAGUGGCGACUUACAUGGCGCCAUGCAUAACUUACCUAAGAACCGGCGGCACAAUUCCGUCGGGGUGCUGCAAUGGACUCAGGGGCCUAAACACGUCGGCAGCCACCACGACAGACCGCCAGACCGUCUGUCGAUGCUUGAUUAGUGCUGCUAAUAAUUUGCCAGGACUUAACCCUUAUCUUGCCUCUGGCCUCCCGGCUGCUUGUGGACUUUCUCUUCCUUACAAGUUUAGCACCUCAACCAACUGCAACAGCAUCAAGUGAAGUUGGACGAGCUAGUAAUCUUCUGCGACAGAUGAUAGUAUGGUGCGAGAAUAAAGUGGGUGUUGAAUCCACAUAAUUAGCUUAUCUCUCAUGUAUUAUAAUAAAUAAAUAAAUAAAAAAGAAGCUUAUCUCUCAGGUGAUGUACUACUGCUUUAGUCGUGGGUUUGUUUGAAUGUUAGCACUUUUCAAAGUACUACUUUGUUAA